AUGGAGGAGUUAAUGAAGGUGCAAAUCACGUCUUUUUUGAGUGUCUCCGUUUCAAAACUCUUGAGCAUACUUGGAAACUGUUCUCCAACAGAAAAUUCAGCCAUAGGACAUAGCGAGAGCCAUACUUUCAUCAAAAAUUGGUUGGGAUGCUGGCCAGCGGGGGAACAUAGGGCCUGCCAGAUGUCGAGGAGUUCGAAAGGGAAUGCCCUGAGAGAUGCGCUAAUCAUUUUCCACAAGCCUGAGGAAGUCUCUAGAGCGGUAAAAGAGUACCAAGGCUGGAAGCUGGAGAGGUUGAUCUCUGUGGCAUCCAUCGAAAAUGACCUCACCAUUAGAAGAUAA